AUGACGAAUCAUCAUAGCUUGGGUGAUGCUAGCACCCGGUUUUGUUUCUUGAAGGCGUGGACAUCGAUAGCUCAAUCAGGGACAGAUGAAUUGUUUUUAACUAAUGGAACGUUGCCUGUUUAUGAUCGACUUGUUCAAUACCCGAAACUAGAUGAAAGUUAUCUAAAGAACGCAAAGGUUGAAACUUUUAACGAAGAGUAUCAACCUCCAAGUCUUUCAGGGCCAACUGAUAAAGUUCGAGCGACAGUUAUCUUGAUACGAACUGUCAUUAACCAGUUAAAAAAACUGGUUUCAACCCAACUGCCUACGUUAGUAUAUGUAUCAUCUUUUACAGUUGCAUGUGGUUAUAUCUGGAGUUGCAUAGCAGAAUCAAGAAACGAUGAGUUAGAACUUUUUGGUUUUACCAUCGAUUGUAGAGCACGUUUGGAUCCACCGAUCCCUGCUGCUUACUUUGGCAACUGUGUGACUUUUUGUGUAGCCAUGGAUAAAGCCAAGCAGUUAAUGGGAAAGGAAGGAUUCUUGAAUGCUGCUAAAUUGCUUGGAGAAAGUUUACAUAAGACCUUGACUGAUAAGGAUGGAAUCGUGAAAGAUUUAGGGUCGUUUGAAGAUUUGUUCUUUGAACUGAAGCCAACAACAAUGAUGGGGGUUGCGGGAACACCAAAGCUCAAAUUUUACGAUUUGGAUUUCGGAUGGGGGAAGCCUAAAAAGCAUGAAACAGUUUCCAUAGAUUAUAAUGGAUCCAUAUCCAUGGCUGCUUGCAAAGAUCAGAAUGAAGAUCUGGAGAUUGGCGUGUGCCUAUCGGCUAGUGAGAUGGAGGUUUUUGUUCGUAUCUUUAAUGAUGGAUUAGAAACGUACAUUUAG